AUGAAGGCACCCUCGAAUCUCCUUCUUCGGGCCUUAUGGCUUCGACCAGGGCGUCCGCUCUGCCAAGUCCGCUCCAAGUCUCACUGGAUGCCGCGCGAGAAAUAUGCCAAAAUCACCAGUCUCGACAAGCUACAUCGGCGCCAGAAAGCAGCAGUCCGCAAAGAACGUGAAUUCAGCGCACUCCGCGCCCAGCGCAUGACUUCUGAGGAAGCAACCAGUCAGACACCGAUGCCGGCCCCGUCGGCCACUUCACAACCCUCGUCAAUACUCUCGAGAUUAGCAGUUGUCUCAAACUUGCCGUUCAAGAUCUCGCGAACGCCUUCUUCGAAUCUUCCAGUCUAUGAAAGCACAAAGGCAGGAGGUUCAAAGCAUAUUACAACGAUACGGAAAAUCACCGGCGAUCUAGAACAAUUGGCAGGACAAGUACGGAAUGCGUUAGGAAUGGAUCAAUACAUCACGGACAUUCGAGGUCGGCGGAAAGAGACUGUCACUAUAAACCGGACAACUAAACAAGUCAUUGUUCGUGGAUGGAGAGCUCCCGAGAUCAAGAAGUGGGCCGAGUUGAAUGGGUUUUGA